ACGGUGCGGUGUUGCCCGCUGUGCAGGACGGAGGAGCCCGGUUAACGUAACGCGUCAUUGGUUUCAUAUUCAGUAGUUUUGUUUUCGUUUUUUUUGUUUUUCUCCCAGAUGUGAUUUCAUACAUUAAGAUAAUAAGGACCGUCCCUGGGAUCUGAUAUCGUAGGUGGCUUCAAGGGAGCCUGACUAAAAGGGGUAGAUGGGGGAGUCUGAGAGCAAUGCACUGGGUCAGGUAACAGUGUACUCUAUCCAGGGAUGCCCCCACUGCGUCCAGGCUAAGAGCAGCUUGGGGCGUCUUGGAGUGCCAGUUUGUGACGUAGACUUGGGGAAGCACCCUGAACUGAGGCCCAGGGUGAAGGAGCUUACUGGGCGCAGCACAGUUCCUCAGAUUUUCUUCAACAGCAUUCACAUUGGGGGUAAUGACGACCUGCAGAAACUGGCUCCUGCGGAGCUACAGAAUUUGGUGAGCCUGGUGAGAGAAGAGGCUCUCUCAGCUAGUGCCCUUCCACUACCAGAGAAGAACCAAACAGAAGCCAUAAAAGGGGAGGCUGAUGGAGAGUUUACAUGUGAAAGGGACGAGUUGGCAAACCUGGUAGAGGAACUCAAACAGAGCAAUGUAAUCGACUCCCACAGGAGGGGGCUAAAGUUGUUCAAAAAGAGCUUCUCAGCUGCUCAGCUGGUUGGUUGGUUGCACACAGAGAAGCGUAUGGCCAGGGACGAGGCCUGUGAGACAGGUCAGGCGUUGGUGCGAAGGAAGUACGUGGUCGUUGCGUUUGGCUCUGUGAAACCCCAGGAGGGCCACUUUGGAGAUGGGAAAGACCGGGACAUUCUGUACAGGCUGACGGAGCACGACCCUCACUCAGCCCUCAACACAGGGAAGACCGCAACCUGCACCCCCUACCAGGCUGCUGAACUGUCCGCUAUUCUGAGGGAUAUGGUCCUGAAACUGUUCUCUGAGCAUCUCUCCGCUGACGGCAAGUGUGUGGACUACAAGAGCAUGUCCAAGAGCCCGGUGUUUGAGGAAUACUGUGAGCUGGCUGUGCAGUUGCAGCGGGUGGAGCUGCUUUCGCUGAGCCGGGAGGAGAAGCUGGCCUUCUUUAUCAACAUUUACAACGCCCUGGUCAUCCACGGCUACCUCCGCCUAGGGCCCCCCACUAAUAUGUGGCAGAGAUACCGGUUCUUUAACUAUGUGAGCUACCUGAUUGGAGGGGAGGUGUUCACCCUGCAGGACAUCGAGAACGGGGUUCUGAGGGGGAAUAGAAAAGGUGUCGCGCAGAUUCUCAGGCCCUUCUCCAAGACGGACCCACGGCUACAAGUGGCUCUGCCAGAUGCCGAGCCCCUAAUCCAUUUUGCCCUGAACUGUGGAGCGAUGGGCUGCCCACCAAUCAAAACCUACACUCCACAGGAUAUUGACAGCCAGCUACGCACAGCAGCUGAGUCCUUCUUGGAGAAUGAUGACGGCUGUGUGGUGGAUUCUGGGAAAAAAGAAGUGCGACUCAGCCAGAUCUUCAAGUGGUACAAGGCAGAUUUUGGAGGCACUGACGAGAAGCUGCUGACCUGGGUCCUGGAGCACAUGAGCGAGUCUCCUAAGAAGACCAGCCUCCAGAGUGUCCUCUCUGCUGGGAAGCCCAAAGUCAGCUAUCUCCCCUAUGACUGGAGCACCAACAGCACCCACUGAGGCACACACACGCGUGCGCGCGCACACACACACACACACACACAACACACACACACGUUACACCUCCACAUGCACCUGACCUUGUCACCAACAUUUCUGUAACUUCCCUCUCCGUCUUCAUACCACACUUAGUUUCCAACCAGAAGGUCGAUGAUGGUGUGGCUCCUUGUUAUCUGGCCGUCAACCAGACAGACUUUGUUUUGCAUGCCUUUUUGCAUCCCAGCAAUUGCAGUUUGCUAUAAUUUUAGCCCGACUCACAGGUUUAAAUCCGAGCAGCAACACAGUCAUAGCUUGGUUAAUCCAAAUGCAACGAGAAUAUUCUCAGUAGAGUUCAGCUCUCCACCAGGUGUAUCUUCUCUGGUGUUCGGACGUCGGUGAAAAACCGGCUGAAGCAUUAGCACUCAAUUGUGGUAUAUAUAACAGGUUUCUCAGAGGUUUUAAAUCACAGGGCAUCUUGAAAAAUUGGGACAUUCCAACGGACGACCUAGGUGAGGUGAGGUUAAAUCAUUGCAACUGUGAGAGGUCCUUCAUACUGUCUUAACUGUGCACAAAGAAAUAGGCUGAUAUAUGACAUUAGCUGCAGAAACACACAUGCACACGCACACGCACACGCACACACACACACACACACAAACGCGAGCAAUCGCAGUAUCCUCUGCGGGCUAGCACGCCUGGCGGGGAUGAAGAACUCAUGCCUUGACAAGCCAUAUAAGAGCCUGCAUUGUUCAGGAAGUGCAGACAAAUGCAGCGCUCACACUUCUUAAUGUCAAAGUAAUUUGACAUCCCGGUUUUGGGAGUCAACCUUCCGUGGUUCCUUGAAACUCCCUUUCUGCUAUGGGCUGGAUCUUUUUGCCAUUUCAUGAAUGAAUUUGAUAUAUUAAAUUAGAAUUGAGUUUUAUUCUCGAUGUUCAACGCCAUGAAUUGUAUGUGAGAUCUCUAAAAGGUUCAGUUGUGUUCCUCCUGGAAUUACUUGAGCAUCUUUAUCGGCCUGUUACCCUUUGUCUUUUUUAAAAAAAAACUCGUUAGCGGAGCAUUUCUCAAGCACUACCAAACGAAAUGCUCCGCUCAACUGGGAAACAGGAUACAAGCUACAGAAUUCAGUUUCAUGACUGCGUUUACAUGCACAGUCGAGUGGCGCUACGGUUAUAGCUCGGCUAGGCCGUGUACUGCCGUUGUCCCAGUAUACAAGAAUCGGGGGAGAAUCGAUUUAUUGACGGAAGUACGGUGGGUGGCGAUAUGCCCCCUUUCAGCCGGUUGCUGUUGGACUGCAGGAACUACGGAUCACGCGCAGAAUUCCUAGGCCAGUUUGGGGCCGACUGAAGCGUGUACAUGCCAGAGUAAAUCGAUCCCCAACCGCAUUACCUAGUUGUGUUAGUCCAACUUCGAGAAAUUUGAUUUAGUACGAUUUCAGUCAGACUAACGCGCGUACGUGUAUUUUACAAGUCCAGUUUUAGUCGGACCAACACAAUAAAUCGACUUUUUCUAACGUCAUGUAAACGUACUGACUGCCUCAAUGUUCAUAAUCCAGAUUCAGUUAUCAAGUGGCGCAAGUUUCAGUCCAGACCUUCCCUCCCCCUGCUCCAUGUACAUGGUACGUGGUUGUUUCCUCCACUAUGAACUGGGUCUUCCAUUCUAAGCCUUGGAAGUGCUACUGCUGUUCUCUCAGAACAUAUAUAUUUGUAUGAAACAAAAAAAAAAUGUGAUUAUCGAAAUAUCUUUUGAUGCGGCACUUGAGUCACUUAGACACUUCUUUGCAUGUUUCUGAUCAAAUUUGAAUGCUGUUGACACUUUUGUACAUUUUCCAAACAAAUUGCGUUACUUCGUCUGUAUGAGGUUUGACUGAACAUGAUGAUCCCCUCUUCCUCGUUGAUGUGACCUCUCAGUCCAUUGAGUAUCAUGGAAAACCGAAGUUGCGGGUUGGAGACAACUCUGCAGGUUGCCAGAAAACUCGCUUUGACUUGAGAUGACUUCCUCUGUACCCAGAAUGCAACUGCGUGCUUAUCUCAGGAGCCAGGGAAUGUGUAUGCAAGCAGCUUUCCUGACAAGAU